UAUUAUAAGAAUUAUUUUACUUUUGUAGGACGAAAUAAAAUUUUAUUAACGUUAUUUAUAAAGUAAUGUUUCUGAAUCGACUAAAUAUCUUUAUUGAAAUAGAAAUUACAAUAUUUUCUAGGGAAUAUAGCCGUCAGCAAGUCACGUUUUACUCUCUCUGAGAUUAUCUAUACAACUGAUCGGGAAAUCAGAUAACUUUGUUCAAGUUCUAUGCAUACCUGUAGCAAAUAACAAAUUAACCCAUGCACUAUGUAAUAUGAAACAUAAUCUCAUAAAAAAUAAAAAAGGUGUUAGAAAAUGGAAGCUUUAAAUGUGUUAAUUGCUAUAGGUCUUAUUCAUUGUUCAUUAUUUUUCUUUGAUACAAUUUUUAAGACAUGCUCACAUUAUCCAUAUCUAUAUUUUUUAAAAAAUACUGGGCUGGAGGUUCAGGUGUUAAGAAUAAAAUGGUUCACUACAGCAUUUAACCGUAAGAUAAUUAAAUGGGGAAUGGACCGUUCCAAAUUUUGGACUGCUUGGUUUAAUGCAGGAGUGAUUGUUAGUAUCAUUCUGUUGCCUCUUGCAACUAUUGCAAUCUUAAGGAUGACAUUCAAUAUAUGGAGUAAUGGGCCAUCUCUUGAUAAUAGCAAUUCUGAACCUUUAUUGGAACCAAUGUUGCCUGGAAUAGAUGUGCCCUUCAAUGAACUUGGGUAUUAUGUCAUUACAUUAGCAGUUUGCAGUAUUAUGCAUGAGCUAGGUCAUGCAUUAGCUGCAGCAAGAGAAGAUGUUCAAUUAUUUGGCUUAGGAAUAUUAAUUGCUUUCACAAUACCCAUAGCUUAUGUACACAUAAGCAGUGAACAGCUUGCUUCAUUACCAUUAAAGAAUCAAUUAAGAGUAACUUGUGCAGGAAUUUGGCAUAACAUAGUACUUGCUACAUUAGCUGCAACUGUCCUUAUGCUUUCUACAUGGUUGUGGGCACCAUUUUAUACAGUUGGAAAUGGAAUUUAUGUAAAGACUAUUUUACCUAAUUCACCUGUAUUAGGUCAAGCAGGACUUCUUGAACAGGACAUAAUAUAUGAGUUAAAUGAUUGCCCCAUAAAGUAUACUGAAGACUGGUAUGAUUGUAUACUAAAUACGGUAAAUCAGCCUGCUCUUGGAUAUUGUGUUAAGCAGUCAUUUAUUCAGGAAUAUGACGAAUCAGUUCCAGCUAGACAGAAAACUAAUGGUGUUAUAAAUUGUUGUACCACAGAUAGUGAAACUAGUGGAAGCUUAUGCUUUGAAUAUAUUGAGGGACCACAAGCUGCUCCUCUGCAUUUACCUCCACAUUCUUGUCUUCCAGCAAGAAUAAUGAUUAACCAGUCACAGUACUUUUGUCAUGCUAGUCAUGAAUGUCUGUUUCAAGAUACACAUUGUUUAAAACCUUCUCUCGAUAAUGCUACCAAGAUUGUACAAAUAAAAAGAAGAGAAGGAAUGGAUGUUUUAUAUUUAGGACACCCAGCAGAUAUUUAUAGAACAGUUGAUGUAUCUGAUUGGGUACCGAAAUAUUCAUUUUUAAAUCCGAAAUUACCGGAAGCUUUAGCACUGCUUUGCAAAUAUAUAACAGUCUUUUCUGCAGGGUUAGCAGUUAUUAAUAUUGUGCCUUGUUUCUUUUUGGAUGGGCAAUAUAUUAUAAAUAUACUUCUACUUUAUUUAUUAAAUUUCACACCGCAUAAUAAAAAUAUUAGACAGACUAUCAUAUUAAUGGUAACAAGUAUAGGUACAUUACUUCUUAUUAUAAACUUACUGUAUUUACUUAUGAAUAAAUUAUUAUAAGUAGUAAAAGAA